AUUCAAAGGAACCUUUCACCUAAAUGCACUUGAUAAGCUUAUAAACGUUGCAGGAUAAACGUGUUGAAUGUUUUGGACGCUACACUGUGCCGAGGUGAAUUUCAAGGCGUAUUUGCAGAUUGUCAGGUAAUCGAUGAAGAUGCAUCACUUCAACCUUCUCGGUUUGUUCAUCCUGUUAUCUGCUCUGUCAAGAUCUUAUGCUGGUAAAGUUCUGGUCGUCCCUGUGGAUGGAAGUCAUUGGAUCAAUAUGAAAGUCCUUAUGGAGUUACAUUCAAAAGGUCACAAUAUCACUGUGGUCCGAGGGUCUAGUACCUGGUACAUUGAGGAAAAGUCUCCUCUCUACACUUCCAUUACUGUGGACACUGGUGAAUUUGACGAUGACUUCAUGGAGAAGUUUCUCCCUCAAUUACUGAAAAUGCAGAGACAAGGACAAUCAUUUUGGAAUGAAAUGGCACUUCUGGAUGAAACUUAUAGGAGGUUUACUGAAAUUCAUCAGCAAAUUUGCAAUAUGACAGCUACAAUGUUUGAAAAUGAGACCUUGAUGAAUUCACUGAAAGAUGCUGCAUAUGACAUUGUUCUGACGGAUCCUGCUUUCGGAGGUGGAGUGUUACUGGCACACCGUCUUGGCCUCCCUCUUGUGUUUAAUGUCCGCUGGACCAUGUACGGAGAAGCCCAUUUUGACAUAGCUCCAUCUCCUCUCUCAUAUAUACCUGUUCCAGGGUUACAGAUGACCGACAAGAUGACAUUCAGUCAGAUCAAGAACGUGAUGACAUAUAUAAUGGUUCUUUAUAAAAGUUCCAAAUACUUAGGUUCUCCUUACCAAGAAUUCUCCCAGAAAUAUUUUGGCCCUGAUGUUGAUUUCUUCUCCCUCCUCCAAAAUGCCGACAUCUGGCUCAUGAGAAACGACUUCACGUUUGAGUUUCCACGACCCACAAUGCCAAAUGUUGUCUACAUGGGCGGCUUCCAGUGCAAACCAGCUAAGCCACUUCCAGAUGACCUUGAGGAGUUUGUGCAGAGCUCAGGAGAGCAUGGGGUCAUCAUCAUGACUUUAGGAACUGUUUUUGGUCAGCUUCUGAGUGAAAUCAAUGAUGAGAUUGCUGCAGCUUUUGCUCAACUGCCUCAAAAGGUUAUUUGGAGACACACAGGACCACGACCUGCCAACCUUGGUAAUAACACAUUGAUUGUGGACUGGCUCCCUCAGAAUGACCUGCUUGGACAUCCUCAAACUAAAGUGUUUGUGGCACACGGAGGCACCAAUGGAGUUCAGGAAGCCAUCUACCAUGGGGUGCCUAUUGUGGGCCUUCCUUUAGCUUUUGACCAACCUGACAAUCUCUCCAGGAUGCAAGCAAAGGGAACAGCAAAAAUUGUAGACUUUGCAACUGUGGACAGGAAUGUGUUUCUAGAGGCAUUAAAGGAGGUUUUGCAUAACCCAUCUUACAGGGAGAACAUGCAGAGACUGUCCAGACUGCACCACGACCAGCCAAUGAAACCUCUUGAUCGUGCUGUCUUCUGGAUUGAGUUUGUCAUGAGGAAUAGAGGAGCCCCUCAUUUACGAACACAGUCUUUCAGAAUGUCCUGGAUUGAGUACCAUUCUGUAGAUGUUAUUUUGGCUUUAAUGGCAACAGUUCUUAUAUUUGCAUUUGUGACUGUUUAUACAAUUAGAUAUUUUUGUCUAAUUUUAUUCAGAAAGAAGGUAAAACAUGAAUAAUAUUGGCUGGAAAUAUCAGUUCAUUUGAAAUGUUUCCUGAUUGUUUUCUGACAGCAUGUGCUUUUGUGACUCUUAAAUUAUUUAAAACAUUUUACUAGAUUUAAGAAACAAUUUUUUAAUCCAAAGCUUUGAAACUAAAAUAAUUAUUCAGAACUAAUUCAAUAUUCUCUAUGUUGUUUGUUUUAAGAUGCAUUUUUUGCUUUUAGUGUACAACAAUCUAUAUUAUUAGGACUUGCUACAGACAAAUAUCAUUCACAUGUAUCAAUGACAGUACAAGGGCUAAAAUUAACCACCUACAUUGUAAUUAAUUUCACAUUUUCAUUUAUGAUUGAAUCAACAGAAUUGUGAAUAACUUCUCUGUAUAAGCUUUUGCUGAACUCUUAACUGACAAAGUUUUAUGAACACAGUACAAUAAAGAGGAAUCUGAUCAUGUGUA